AUGCUAGAGGCAUUGAUCUAUCACCCACUGCGCGUGGACAUCCACUCGGUGCCCAUCCCGACACCAAAAGAAAACGAAGUCCUAACCAAGGUCGUCGUGUCGGGCUCGAACCCUAAAGACUGGAAGCGGCCAUUCGUCAAUGAGCAAUUCAACGGCACGAACCAGGGCGACGACAUCGCCGGCAUCGUCGAAGCCGUCGGAUCCGCCGUCACACAAUUCAAACCGGGCGAUCGUGUGGCGGGAUUCCACCAGAUGCAAGCCCCUGGCGGAUCGUACGCAGAGUACGCUAUAUCUCCCGAGCACACUACAUUCCACAUCCCCGCCAAUGUUAGCUUCGAAGACGCAGCUGCUAUCCCCUUGGCUGCUAUGACCGCGGCUGUCGGUCUGUUCGUCCAACUGGGACUACCUGAGCCAUGGGUAGCGGCCGCACACCCGGAGAAAUUGCCCAAAGGUGGGCUUGUAGUUUAUGGAGCUGCGAGUGCAGUCGGCGCAUAUGCCGUGCAGCUCGCGAAGCGUGCUGGUAUUCACCCUAUCAUCGCGGUCGCGGGACGGGGCAUGUCGUUCGUCGAAGGCUUCCUGGACAGCAGCAAGGGCGAUGUAGUGAUAGACUACCGCAAGGGCGAUGAGGCUGUGGUCGAGGGUAUCAAGAACGCGAUCCCGCAGGGCGCAGAGUUGGAGUAUGCGUACGAUGCAGUCAGCGAGGCAGCGAAAUCGUCGUUCGGCAACAUUUGCAAAGUCCUGGCUCCGAACGGACAAUUCACCACGGUGUUGCCGACCAAGGAUGACCCGUCGAUUCCCAAAUCCGUCAAAACACCUUUGACAAUGGUCGGAAGCGUCUUCACCAAGGACAAGGACUUUGGGUAUGCGUGGUAUCGGCUUUUCGAACUCGGUUUGAAGGAUGGUUGGUUCAAGCCGCAUCCCCAUGAGGUCAUUCAGGGUGGGUUGAAUGGCAUUGAAGAAGGUCUAAGAAAUUUGAAGGAGGGCAAGGUCAGUGCCACAAAGUAUGUGUUCAGGAUUUCGGAGACGGAGGGACUC